CAAUUGGCGCCAUUGCGUGUUGUUUCCGCGUUUCUGCGCGGGAAAACCCUCAUUGGGUUUGUUUGUUGUUUAUUUUGAUGACAGAGCAUUGCAUGAAGGUAUUUUUUUUCCCCAUGCGGCAAGUCCAAACUUGCUUGUUUGCUUCGCGCGGCUGCCUUGACUUGUUCGCCAUUUUCUGUUUUUGUCCAUCCGCUCCACUCGCCUUCCUGCUGCGAACUCACUUGCACACCUUCCUGUUCCAUCAUGGACGCCGACCCAACAAUCACUUUCACUCCAUAUUACUUUUCCGAGGAGCUGAAGAAGACAAGGGCAUAUGUGGCGGUCAAGGUGGACUGGCCUGAGGGCAGGGCUGCACCUGUGGAUUCAAUGCUCUACAUCCGCGCGUACGAAGGCACCUCCAUCGUCCAUCUCCCGGGCUCCCCUGCCUGGAAGCGCGUGAGUUGGGGCGAGCACACUGCUGUGCGGCUGAGGGCCCGCGGCGUGGAUGGCGUGGACCUGCGCCUCCACCAACAGCCGGGCGUGAACAGGCCCAUCUUGAUUGGUGUGGAGCUUGCAGCAGUCACCCCUGCGCCCAACCAAGACCCCAUCAGGCAGCCCUGCCUGCGCUGCUGGGUGUCUUGGCCCGCGAGGCGCGGCAAGCACCGUCGCACACGCCGAGGCCGCAAGUUCACCGUCCUGCGCAGCGCCAAGCCAGACCGCCGCACCAACGAAGGCAUGCCCCGUCUCGUGGACGCCCGAAGCGAGCGCGACGUGUUGCGCUGCGGGGGAACAGGGCUGAGCUCAGUGCAUAAUCUGUUUCGGGCAAUCAAGCCUUGCUUCAGCAGAUGGCCUACGUUCCAGCCUGCCGGUGCUUCCGAGGAUGAUGCUGAGGAUGACGAUGCUGACGCUGACCACGAUAAUUACAAAGUCGAGGGCCAGGCCGCAAGCAACCAGCCCAGGGCACGAUUUCCCGCACUUCAUGGCCAAGGCGGAGUCGGCGAUGACGCUCCGGACAUGGCGUCCCUGCACGGGGUGCCAAGCACUGUCGAGCGUGGACACGAGGAUGCCAACCCUGGCCACAUCGCCGGUGCUGAUGUGCAGCAUGGUCACAGCGAUGGACUCGGGCGCAACGACACGGUUAGCAGUGGCAGCGGCCAACACCACAGCAGCAGCCGUCCAUCAGAGGUUGCCCUCAGCAAGACUUCGUUUCUUCGCAUGGACGAGGCUCAGCUGCAUCGCGUCGUGGCCGAAAUUGGCGGCAGCAGCAGCAGCAGCGAUGAGGAGGUGACGGUCGACGCGGUCAUGGCGUCCUUGCUGCAGUGUGGGCCACCGCUCGCUGCACAGGGUACCACCAGCACGCGGCGGCGGCGACAGCGCCGACAGCGAGGACAGCGAGGACACCAACAGCGGCGCAGGUCGCUCCCUGUUGACGAGGGCGUGUCGGUCUCCGUGGAUGUGAGAUCAUGGCCGAGUACUGGCGUGCAGGAUGCACGCCCUCCCUCAGUGACGGAUAGGGCGCCAACAGUGACAGAGUCAGAGGCCGUUGAUGCGCCACCCCGUGCCGUUGCCCGCGCCUCCCCCUCUGAGCUUGAAAUGCUGGACCUUGCCGCUGGGCGUCUUUGCUUUACAAGCACCUCCGUGGAGCGUGUGGACAGCGGCCUGUGCCAACACGCUGGUCAUCAUGGCCGCCACCGGGGCACUCACGCCUGUGCCGGCGAUGCUGCUGCUGCUGAUGAUGAUGAUGAUGACGAUGAUGAUGAUGAUGAUGAUGAUGAUGAUGCUGCUGCUGCUGAUGAUGAUGAUGAUGAUGAUGAUGAUGAUGAUGAUGAUAGUAACGAGGAGGAGGAGGAGGACAACGACAACGACAACGACAACGACAACAACGAUAAUGGUGAUGGCGAGGAGGGUGAGGACGCUCUUGGUGCUUGGCGUGCCAGCGCCAGAGCCGGCAGCACCAGCAGCGGUGCUGUUACCCUCAUCGCCAACCUAGGCCAGGCACAUCGAGGUCUAAACGACGAAAACGACACCAAAAGCAGCCAGCACGAUGAUGGUCACAACUGCCAACAGCAGAAACGGAAGAAACGAAAGGACAAGAAGCAGCAACAACACAGUGAUGACGAAGCUGAGGAGAAAGGGGAGCAGUCGCAAAUCCAUCUCCGUCUUCGCCGGCCACGUCCAGUCUAUGCUGUUUCUUCUCUUUCAGUGGUUUCCCCACACCGCCAGUGACGUGAAAGGAAAGCAGCGAAGCAAUGAGAGAGAUGCGUGGGUGUGAACUGUGUUUCCCGUGUGCGUGUGUGUGUGGGUGUGGGUGCGUGGGUGUUUGCUGUGCGAACUGAUUCCAUUUGAGCCUUAACAGCUGAUGACACUUGUUUUACAUUCCUUAUAUGCGGCCCUAAGCAAGAGAGAGAGAGAGAGUGUGUGUGUGUGUGUGUGUGU